CGUGAGCUAAUUUAAGAGGAACAAUAAAGUUCAGGAUCUUGAUGGUAAAAACUAGAAAAUUUGAGAACAAAAGUAAGAUCAAUAUUUUUAUUAUUUAUUAAAUUCAGUGAAGAAGAAGAAUAAGAAAAAAAAGCUAGGAAUAGCUUCCCCUUUCCUCUUCCUCCACAACAAUCGGCGCGUUGAAUUUGAUAACGGAAUCCUGCCUUAACCCAUCCAUCCCUAUUUUCUAACUGUCAACAAUACUUCUUCUGUUCCAUUCCCUUCCUUUUCUUCUUCUUCUUCUUCUCCCUUCCCCUUCUAUUAUUAGCCUCCUGAAAUCUGCAAUCAAAACGCAUCUCGGUUCUGGAUUUCAGAAGAAGGCCAGGAAUUCAUUGCUGGGGAGGAGAAGGGGGUAAAAGAGCUGAAGAGGCCCAAAAAAAACCCCACCGGGUUUUGAUUUUCGCUUCGCCGGUGUGCAGUGGCGUGCGCUCUGGCGAACAGAAAACCAAAAUUUCAUCGCUAGUAAUAUAAACUACGUCCUUCAGCAGAUUUCAGGUAAUCGUUCAUUCAUUGAUUGCAUUGUUAUGACAUCGCUCGCCGAUUUCUUUAAUCAUUGUUUGCUUUUGUUGUGAACCCUAAAAACAAAUACCCAAUUGCGGUUACUGAUCGAACUCUUUCUCUGGUGGUUUUAGUGUCCAAAAGGAAACGUAACUGAUAAUGGAUGGGUGGGUCUUGUUGAUUGGAAAUCUAACGACGAGCAGAAUCGCCAACCACAAAGGUCGGUGAUCUCUUCCUCGAGAUUGUGGGUGCAGUAACAAAUGGUGUUUUAUGUUUGCUGAAUUGUGUGAUUGAUUUCUUUUUUUUCUUUUUUUUUUUCUCUCCCUAUAUCAGGGGAAGGAGGUUUCGAUUAAUUGGGAAGCUGUUUUCUUUCCCCUUUACACAAACAAGGGUUGGCGUCAGUUCUGCAAAAACCCCAUCUCAACUCCCUAGUAAUUUUGUGAUUUGGAAAGGAUUGUGAAUAACUUUUGACAAAGAAAGAAAUUCUUGCAAUUGGUUUUUGUUUUUGCGAUUAUUGCUUUGUUUUUGUUGAAUCUUUAUACAUAUCAAAGAAUAAUAAUGGAGUCGAGUAAUGGGUUUGUAUCAAAAGAACAACUGGAGCUUGCGAGAUCUGCUCUGGAAAGUGAAGAUCCUUCAUCUGUUUCUCCAUUGCAAAUCUCCCUAGGUUCAUCCUCCUCUCACAAGUCUCCUUCCUCUCCUGUAACCACACAACAGCAACAAGAACGCAACUCAGAUGACAAACUCUCGCCUCCUUAUAUGGAUGGACAGCCUAAGAAAGGUGCUUCUGUAGGGAAAGGAACAUGUGGAGGGUUACAUGAUCCUGCAGAGGGUGCAUUGUACAAUAAUGAUCCAAACUAUGAUAGCACAGAGGAACAGGAUGGUGAUCCAACAAUAAAAGGAACUCCGAGAAAAUUAGAUGCCUACAAAAGGAAAGCUACUGUUAUUGUGGAAGAAUACUUUGCAACUAGCGAUGUUGUAUCAACAGCAAACGAACUGAGGGAACUCAAGUUGCCCGGCUAUAGUUAUUACUUUGUCAAGAAACUAGUGUCCAUGGCAAUGGACCGACAUGACAAAGAAAAGGAAAUGGCUGCUGUUCUUUUAUCCGCUCUCUAUUCAGAGGUCAUCGACCCUUCCCAAGUCUAUAAAGGUUUCAGCAAAUUGGUGGAAUCUGCAGAUGACUUGAUUGUAGACAUACCUGACACAGUUGAUGUUCUUGCCUUGUUCAUAGCCAGAGCCGUGGUUGAUGACAUACUCCCGCCUGCAUUCUUGAAAAAGCAACUCGCUUCUUUACCUGCAGAUUCUAAGGGGGUAGAUGUGUUGAGGAGAGCCGAAAAGGGUUAUUUAGCAGCUCCACUCCACUCUGAAAUUAUUGAGCGGAGAUGGGUAAGCAGCAUGAAUAAAACAGUUGAUGAUGUGAAGGUGAAAAUAAACAACUUGUUGGUAGAGUUUAUAGCAAGUGGUGAUAAGAAGGAGGCUUGCAGGUGCAUCAAGGAACUGAAAGUUCCCUUCUUUCACCAUGAGAUAGUCAAACGAGCCCUUGUUAUGGCUAUGGAGAGACGGGCAGUCGAAAGCCAGUUGCUAGAGUUGCUCAAGAAAACAACUGAAGAAGGUCUGAUCAAUUCCAGUCAGGUUACAAAGGGGUUUGGCAGGAUGAUAGAUGUUGUUGAUGAUUUGUCGCUUGACAUUCCAGAUGCAAGAGAGAUUCUGAAAUCCUUGAUAUCAAAAGCCGCAUCAGAAGGAUGGUUGUCUGUUUCUUCUUUGAAAUCACUCUCACCACCGUCUCCAAAAGAAUCUGUGGAAGAUACUGCUGCAAAGAUGUUCAAGAUGAAGGCACAAUCCAUCAUUCAAGAGUAUUUCUUGUCAGGUGAUAUAGCAGAGGUGAGUGAUUGCAUUGAAUCCGAGAACAGUUCUUGCUCACCUGACCUAAAUGCAAUGUUCAUCAAAAGGCUAGUGACUCUAGCAAUGGACAGAAAGAAUCGGGAGAAAGAAAUGGCUUCUGUGUUACUAUCUUCUUUAUGUUUCCCUACAGAUGAUGUUGUGCAUGGACUUAUUAUGCUAAUAGAAUCUGCAGACGAUACCGUUCUAGAUAAUCCGAUUGUUGUUGAGGAUCUUGGAAUGUUUUUAGCUAGAGCUGUGGUGGAUGAAGUCAUAGCCCCACAACAGCUGGAGGAAAUUGAGAGUCAAUUCCUUGGGACAGAGUCAACAGGGAACAAAGUUCUCCAAAUGGCUAAAUCCUUGCUGAAGGCUAGGCUUGCUGGAGAGAGGAUCUUGAGGUGCUGGGGUGGUGGAGGUAGCAGCAGCAAGAAUGGAUGGGCAGUUGAGGAUGUGAAGGACAAGAUUGGCAAGUUGCUGGAAGAGUUUGAAUCCGGUGGGGACAUUAGGGAAGCUUGUCGUUGCAUAAAAGAACUCGGGAUGCCGUUUUUCCACCAUGAAGUGGUGAAGAAAGCACUGGUGAAAAUCAUGGAGAGCAAGAGUGAGAAGCUGUGGGGUUUGCUCAACGAGGGGUUUCGAUCGGGGCUCAUAACGUCGUACCAAAUGACGAAAGGUUUUGGGAGAGUUGCAGAGUCCAUGGAGGAUUUGAGAUUGGAUGUCCCUGAUGCUGAGAAACAAUUCGGCUACUAUAUCGAGAAAGCUAAACUUACUGGAUGGCUAGAUUCGUCAUUUGGAAUUGGUCCUACUACCAAAUCGAGUUAUGUUAAGGAGAAUGGCACAAACAUAUGAUAACAGGUAACGGUUUUCAUAGAUUAUGCGAAUUUUGCAAUUCAGUUAAUAGGUUGAAUGACAUAGGUGUCAACAGAGCUGGCACAAUCGAUCUUCAUCAAUCUUAUUGCGCAAUUGGAUGGUGUCAGGCUGUGCUGGCAUCUAUCUGUCAGCAUGCUAGCGAAAAUCAAUUGAUUGUUUCUGAUUUUUACUCUGCAGGUUUUCUUGUUUCGCAGUUGGGUUUCGUCAAUGAAGUUUCAUAAUCCAUCAAAUUAUUACGAAGAGAACUAGCUGGAUUUGUUGCUUGGUUUUCCUUUCAGAGUUUUUUUUGGUCUUCUGUGACACCAUAUAGGAUUUAGCAUACCUACUUAAAGAAAAAAAGAGUACUUUUAUGGACGAGAGCAUUACAAGAUGGAACUAGAACCAUCUUUAUAUUGCUAACAUUUAUACAAUAGACUGAGAUUAUAGGUACUUAGUUUUCCAUUUCUUUUAGUUCAAAAUUUUUUGGGGGUCAGUCAUAUAUUUGUUUGGAAUAACCUCACCGUUGGGUGAGAGUUGUAGUAUGUUAAAUCUCUUUGAGAUGCCCAACUCUCUUAUCUUGUACUGUUAUGCAGUGUAAUGAUAAUGCCAUACUUCACCUUAUAUACCUUGCGUAACAAGAUAACGCUUAUCCAUGACAGGACAUCUAAGUAGCUUCUCAAUGUGUAAGUGUGAGCCUUAUCGAUAGAGGUGAUAUGUGUCGAAUUGCUAAGUUGAUGAUUACGUCUACUGGGUUCAAUCAGGUUCGUGGAUUGUUGGAGAUUAGGUGAUAUUCUCAUGAAAUUUCGCUAUGGUUUGGAAGUUAUUUAGGUUGCUAACUUAUAAAAACAACAGGGUUUGUUUAGUUAAUGACGAAAACAUUACCGUAAUGUAAUCGUUUGAAUCAACUCAAGUAUUGGGUUGGGUUGCUAUUUGUUGUUGGAGAAGAAGAAGAAACAAGGAAGAAAAUAGUGACCCUUACCCUGUUCACUUCCAUUUUCGUUUCCUGUUUUCUGUUUUUAUGUGAUAAAUUUGGCAACCGAAAUGAGAAAACUUGUUUACUUUUCAUUCUGAUUUCUAUUCGUUUCCAACCAUGAAAACAGAAAGUGGCAACUUCUUGCUGUUUUCGGAAACGGAAAAAUGUUGUUGUCACCUGUUUUCAACAUCUGUUUUCUCAAAAACAGGAAACAGAAAUGAAAAUAAACAGGCCCUAUAUUUAGUCUUCACCAAUAGUCACCACACGAGCAAUUAAUGAAAUCAGUUAUUAUCCCCGACUAUGAUCAAUCUUUUUUUUUUGGAGAAAAGACUAUGAUCAAUCUCCGGGUGCACUUCGACAUACACUUAAUACUUUAAUAGCACUAUGAUACCGAAUCGUCUGCUGCUUAUAGCAUUGAAAAUGUAUUGUUACAAAAUCAUAGAAUCUUCAAAUGCCAAAUUUUAUGCUUUGAAAUAAAAAUAGAUAUACCACUUUUGAGAAUAAUCCUUGUGUUCCGACAAAGUCAUGUAACCUAAUCAAUGUAUUUAUGUUGUUAUAUAACAAAACUCAAGAUUUGUU